AUCUGGCGUCACAGCUGAUGAAGCAAAAACAACACGCAGAACUCUGCCCCCUCUGGUCGCUGGCCGAACUGCACCCUCGCCGUAUGCUUGGUGGCUGCUGCUGCUGCUUCUUCUUCUUCGUCUCGUCACAUCUUGAUCUGUCGGAGCUGAGUCGGUCCGUCCCGAGCAGAGCCGGGCCAACGCGACCGACACACCGGGGAGCUCCACGCUGCUGCCGGCUGCGUUUCAGUCAAACGGGGAUAUUUGUGAGAUAUGAGCCAGCGGAACGCGACAUUGAAGCUUGCCAGCUAGUGCUGUGUGACCUGGAGGGAGAGCAAAGACAGCAGAGAACAUGGAGCUGUCAGAUGGCCUGUUGCUGCAGGUCAACAAUGGAGAGCAGUGGUGCAACCGCUGGAAGCAUCCCAACGAUGACUCAGACCGCAGUACCAGCCCCUCAGUCCUGCGCUGUGUUACCAGCACGUGGAAGGAGGGCCUGCUGAACAGAAAGAGGCCCUAUGUCGGCCGCUGCUGCCACUCCUGUACACCACAGAGCUGGGAGAAGCUGUUCAACCCGAGUAUUCCAUCUCUGGGAUUGCGUAAUAUCAUCUACAUUAAUGAGACCCACACAAGACAGCGGGGCUGGUUGGCACGCAGGCUGAGUUAUGUGUUGUUUGUGAUGGAGCGAGACGUGAACAAGGACAUGUUCACCAGGAACGUUGUGGACAAUGUUCUCAACAACAGCAGGGUGGAGACUGCGAUCGCGCAGGUAGCCACAGAAUUGGAGGCUGCAGCGAGCCAACCUGGGCAGGAGCCUAAAGCUGUUAGCAAAGUGAAGCAGAAAGCCAGGGCCUUCCUCCAGGAGAUGGUGGCUAACGUUUCACCGGCCUUCAUCAGGCUGACAGGCUGGGUUCUCCUGCGGCUAUUCAAUGGUUUCUUCUGGAGCAUACAGAUCCACAAAGGUCAGCUGGAAAUGGUCAAGAAAGCUGCUACAGAGCAAAAUGUGCCCAUGGUCUUCCUCCCUGUUCACAAAUCCCACAUCGACUACCUGCUCAUCACCUUGAUCCUGUUCUGUCACAACAUCAAAGCUCCACAUAUAGCGGCAGGAAACAACCUGAGCAUCCCCAUCCUCAGCACUCUGAUCCGUAAACUUGGAGGAUUCUUUAUCCGGCGGAGAAUGGAGGAGACGGGAGAUGGAAAGAAAGACAUAUUGUACCGAUCACUCCUUACCGCAUACACUGAGGAGUUGUUGCGUCAGCAGCAGUUUUUGGAGGUCUACCUGGAGGGUACGCGUUCUCGCAGCGGUAAGCCGUCCACAGCACGUGCAGGCAUGCUGUCCCUUGUGGUAGAUGCACUGUGGAGUGGGUCCAUACCUGACGUACUGGUGGUGCCGGUCGGGAUCUCCUACGACCGCAUCCUGGAGGGCAACUACAAUAGUGAGCAGCUGGGGAAGCCCAAGCAGAAUGAAAGCUUGUGGGGAAUAGCGUGUGGAGUGUUCCGGAUGCUGAGGAAGAACUACGGCUGUGUGCGGGUUGACUUCAACCAGCCGUUCUCUUUGAAGGAAUACCUGGGUACCCAGAGAAACCGCCAUAUUCCAGCCCCAGAGUCCCUGGAGCACACCUUGAUGCCCAUCAUUAUUUCUGCACAGCCUGAUGCUCAGCUGUUCCAGGGGCAGGAGGAGCAGCAGAUGAACAGAGAGCUGCCCGAUGACAUCUUAAGACGGCAACUUAUUAACAACCUGGCCAAGCACGUCCUCUUCACGGCUAAUAAGUCGUCAGCAAUCAUGUCUACCCACAUCGUGGCCUGUCUGCUGCUGUACAGACACAGAAAAGGGGUGGUGCUGUCAAAGCUGGUGGAGGACUUCUUCAACAUGAAGGAGGAGAUCCUCUCCCGGGACUUUGACCUGGGCUUUUCGGGGAACUCGGAGGACGUGGUGAUGCGCGCCCUCCACCUCCUUGGAAAUUGUGUCAACGUGACCAGUAGUGCAAAUCGCAAUGGCGAGUUCACGAUCGCACCCAGCCAAAGUGUACCUGCGCUUUUCGAGCUCAACUUCUACAGCAACGGCCUUUUCCACGUCUUCAUUCCUGAUGCAAUCAUUGCCUGUAGCAUCCUGGCCCUGCAGCGAGAGCUGGGCGAGUCCGAGUCGGAUCAGCCGUCCGGCGGUCCCUGUAGCCUCCCUCUCAGUCAGGAGAGACUCAUCCGCAAGGCUGCCGGGCUCUCCCACUUCCUCACGUACGAGGUGACGGUGGCACCGCCCUGUCAGACGAUUUACCAGGUUUUCCAUGAUGCAGUGACCCGGCUGAUCCAGUAUGGGGUUCUCUACGUAGCAGAGGAGGAACAGGAGGAGCUGAGCCCCAGCCCCACAGAGGAACCUUGGUCCAAGAAGUUUCCCGAGCCUCUGUCCUGGAGAAGUGACGAGGAGGAUGAGGACAGUGACUUUGGAGAGGAACAGAGAGAUCGCUACCUCAAGGUGAGUGUCUCCGCAGAGCACCAGGACUUCUUCAUCUUCCUCCAGCGGCUGCUCAGCCCAGUGCUGGAGGCCUACAGUGGGGCUGCCAUCUUUGUCCACAGUCUGAGUCAGCCAAUGGCUGAGUCCGAAUACACCCAGAGACUUUUCAGAUACCUGCUCACACGCACAGAGAGAGGAGUGGCUGCUUAUGGUGAAAGUGCAACUCAUUACCUUGUAAAAAACACAGUGAGGACAUUCAAAGACCUCGGGGUCUUGAAGGAGAGAAGAGAGAACAAGGUGAAUUCUCUGGAGCUGAGCAGCACCUUUCUACCUCAGGCCAAUCGGAACAAACUCCUGCAGUACAUCUUAGGGUUCACGCUGCUGUGACCAAGACACCUCCCGGCCCAGCCCACACCCCAGGCUCCUUCCACUAAAGGGCUUCUACUGGUUACUUCAAAAACAAUCCCAGGUGCUACUCUGUGGAACGCUUUACCAGGAAGUGCCUUCACGCAAAAGCCGCUAACUGUUAGCCGUUAGCUGGAAGAGACUUGAAGCCAGUCUUCCCUUUUUUUUGUGUUUGUCUGUGACUCUCUGUCUUGGAACUGUGCGGCUGAUGAAACACAACAUGUGUCGUUAUUUGAAGAGGUACGUCUCGGUACGAUCCGCAUCUUCUUGAACGUUGCCAGUGAUGUGAAGAUGUUUUAAUACUAUCAGAAUUUUAAACCAUCAGAAAAUAUACAGCAGGAUAGUAACACUUUUACAGCAAUCUGAAUAAAACAAGCUGCCUUUCGCCAACACAAGUUAACAAGCUAAAUAUGCAUACAAAUAAUAGUGAACGUAACCAACAACAACGAAGAUGUGUUUAUGUUAACUUUUCUGUUUGUUUGUCAAGCUGUUUUAUCUGCAGUGCACUCCGCUAUCAUACAGUAGAAAACGAAACGUAGUUCGAUAACGUCUUGAAAGUAAAUUCCUGUACAUAGGGCACAAGAGAGCGACGUCUCUUGUUUAUAUUGCAUUUAAAUACAUGCACUCUGGCAGCAUCAGUAAUAUAGGGAGCUUAAAUAGAGAGAUUUGCUGGGAGAUAUAGGAUCCCUGCUAAAUGCGAACAUAUGCAAAUUUUCAUUCACUAAAAUAUUUGUAAAAAUCUAAUCCUACGUAUAUUUGUCAUUCUUAACAGUUUAAGAUAUCAAAACAAUAAGCUGCAAACCAAUUCAACUAUUUACAAAUAUUUACUCGGCAAAUACAAAAUGUACCUGUUCAAAGUCCUAGUUGAAGGGUAGUUGAAGCCUAAGAUCACGAGUAUCCGUAUUUAAGUGCAUUCAACCAACUAAUAUCUAAGUGCAUUCAGUUCCACAUUUCAUCUUGAGUUUUGAUGACGAAUGGUCUUUGUGUUUGUGCAACACAUUUCUUUUCACUUUUCAAUGAAUGUUACAUCACACAGCUCUUAAAAUACUUGAUACCAGCCAUCACAUCCCCUUGCAUCGAACCGCAGCUCAGAAACUCUUUGGUCGUGAUUUUCAGGGACGGACCUCUGCCGAGAGAGCAAACUCACUCAGACAAUUGUAAGUGCCCGUUUGAACAAUAGGUCAGGUCUAUGAGAGUUAGUUAUUAGUGAGGAUGUGAUAGUGUUGUCGUUGUUGUACUGUACUUUGAGUUGUUUACGUUUAAACACAGACUGCUGUGACAAGCAGUAAAAACAAACGAUUUCCUCAACAGUUUAUUUUCAGAUGUUCAGCACGUUUGUUCUACUUUCUCAAAUUUAUAUUGUAAAAUAUAUAGUUAAACUUAAAAAACUAUUUGUAAGUAGAUUCUGAUAAUUUAAGUUUUUUCUUCUUUUUUUUUUUCUAAAAUGCAUGUCAGAAAGAAUGUGUCAGGCAUGCCGGGAUUAAAAAAGACGUUGAUGAUGAAAAUUAAAAAAACACCUAAACCAGAAUACUCAAGCGUAUACCUCCGCCAAGGCCCCACAGUCCCCUUAAUCAUAUCAAGCUGCACCAAAUUAUACACACUCAUAGAUGGCAGUCCCCCAAAAUAAGUAAUGACAAAAAAGCAUUGUAUUCAUUAGCUCGCCUGGUAAAAGAAAGCUGGAAAAAGAUUCCUGGAUCUGCCGUUUUUUUCAGAUCUGCCCCAAAUUGAAUGGAUUCUUUCUUGGCCCGUGUCCCGUCCUUCCUCUAAGUUUUUGCAAUAGUUUUGGCGGCUUUCUGCCGACAAACAAACUGGCUGGAGCUAAAACAUAACCUUCAUGGCGGGGGUAACUACCGAAAUAAAACAUUUCAGUGGAAGCUCACUGCACAGUAGCCGCGCAUUUCUCUGCGGUAGUAUGAUGUUAUAUUGAAAAAAUAAUCUUGUAACACAACAGGACUCUUGUCUUAUGUGUUAACCUCUAAAUUCUGAGUGUAAAGAUUUAAUAUUCGUUGUUGUCAUGCAAGGCUGACAGCAGCUGAUAAGAAAGGGAGGAGGGCGUCUAGGAACUACUGACCCAAAUCUCAAUGUGAAUACAUUGUGAAUGUUAGAAUUCAACAUUCUCCAUCUGUCUGGGCAAUAAGACGAAUUGGGUGUCUGAUAUAAAUUAAUAUUUAUACCAAGAGCUGUAAAAUUAAUUUAAAUCUUCCCAGCUUACAGCUAUAUUUAACAUUGAACUGCAUAUUUUCAUGCAGUUUGAAUUUGUGUCUGAAAUAACCUUCGAUUAGAAAAAGAUGUACUUGUUUGCAGAUUGGUAAAUUACACCAGUAGCAUGUGGAAGAAGAGAAAAGUAUGUGAUUUUAAGUGGGAAUGCGAUCAGAGAACUAAGCUGAAACUCUCUGACAUGUUAAGCUUCUCUGAGCCCACAAUCUGUAACGUCCCACCCCCCCCCAAAACACACACACACACACACACACACACUGAGGGGACGCCACCGCCAGGACAAAACCACUACACAGACUACUGCAUGUUUCCUCUGGUCGCCUUCUAAUCAUCGACUCUUCAAUGUGAACUCCACGUAAUCUGGGAAUUGUAUUUUACAGUCUAGUAUGUGAAUUAUGUUGAAGAGCAUAAUAUGUGUUUGUGUAGAAGCUAAAAAAAAUGUGUUACCUCUUGAAUGUAUCUCAUCUGUCCCCUGAAGGGUUUGUGUGAUCUUGUAGGAAACUCCAGAGUCUGUACAGAUAUGAUAUAGUUUUUAUGAACUGCUCGUGGGGGUUGUUGAGACUGAAGCUGCAUUAACAACGUCCCACUGCAACUACUAUGUACAAAUUUUGUAGAAUUAAAAAAAAUCAUGCCUGUAUCUGGGGAGCAGGUGCCUUUUUAAUGCACUGUAGUGUUUCUUUCGUUGUUUCUUUUUUUGUGUGUGUGUUUUUUGUGCAUGUUAAAAAUAUUUUUUCGUGUAGAAUUCAAAAAGGUGGGUUGUUACUUCAAAAGAAAAAAUAUACACAUGUAUACAAGUGCAGAGAACCUGUGGUUACUAAAAGAAGAAUCACCAGCUACUAAAAACAAAUGUCACUUUUUUUUUUUGUUCUUGCUUCCUCAAAGCAUAGCACAAUUGGCAUUAUUCUAUAUGGUUUUUGAAUAAAUUAAUGAUAGAUUAACAAUG